UAGUCCUCGCAGGGACCCUUAGUGCACGUGACGAUCAGCUGACUUGAACCGGAAACUGAGGAAGCAGACAACCAAAACAAGUAAUAUUCAUACACAGAAUUUGACUUUUGCAGUUAUUUACGAUUGUUAGUAAUGGAGUCGACCCUCGAACAACAUCUCGAUGAUACCAUGAAAAAUCCAGCAGUUGUCGGUGUGCUUUGCACGGAUCAACAAGGACACAACCUGGGCUGCCGCGGCUCCCUGUCUGAUGAACAUGGCGGUGUUGUGUCAGUUUUGGCCAAACAAGCUGGCGCUCUUUCUAAAGACCCAACAGACAGUCCGACUGUGUGUCUGGAAUCUGAGUCAGGAAACAUUCUGGUGAGGAGUCAUGGCACCAUCACAGUAGCAGUUCACAAGAUAGCAUCUUGAAGACAACACGACUCACUGAGGAAUUUUUAUUGUAAAGAAAUGUACAUGUCAACAGGAACAUUAGUAUGAUCGCACAAUCUGAAUUAACUUUGAGAAAGAUCUGGUGUUUCCACAUGUCUGUUGUCCUUUCUAUAUUAUCCCAUAAUUAAACAUAUAUGGUCCUUUUCUAAUACAUGAACUGAGAUUCCUUUCUUUUAUUUAUGGAGAGAGAGAGAGAGAGAAAUCUGUCAGGUAAUGUUUUUUUAUUGAUGUCCUGUACAAAUUAGGCUCUGUAUCAUGUUAUUUCUAGCCAAGGUAAUGCUGUGUGUGUGUCUUUUUGUUAACAUCCAUAUACUUCAGUUCAAGGCAGUCAUGCACAGAAAAACAACCCUCAAUAAACAUUAACUAGACUUUG